AAAUGAGAACGUCAUUGCAAUCGAAAAUUCUGGCGGCCUCGUUCAAGGGUGCAAACGGGGAGGAUGAAGGAAGAAGUAAACUUGCGCGACAGGAAACGGUGCGUGAGAAGGUCGAAGCAAUAAAUUAAUAGAGAGGAAACGAAUCCACAGAAGCUUCAACACAAAACCCGAACCAUUCUCUGUAAAAGAGAGUCUCAUUUCGAGAGUUGAUCAUGGUUCUCUGGGAGAUUACCGUCACAACUGCUUAUUUUCUGGGCCUCAAGCGAACUUAUAGGCUUGCUUUGAGGCUUCAGCGAAAGAUCAUUAGCCCCAAGCAUUAUAAGAUCCGUCAGUUUGCCCAAAGACGAACCCGUGCUGCAUUUGACAUUGCGCUCAAAGUUCACCGGAGCAUUCAAGAAAGAGACAUAGAAGUGGGCCGGAAUGUUGGGAAUUUCAUUCUGCGAUUCCUAGAUCGUAUGAAACCAUCUGCUCAGAUUCGUGGUCCUCCUCAAGGAACACCCACCAAUGGUGGUACUGGUAACUCAAGCAUGACAAAGCUAAAUGCAACUCCCAAAGAGAAACCUAAGGGGUAUUCCCGAUUUUUCAGAAGGGACUCUGAUCGGCAUUUCUUUACCUCAUCAACAAACAUGUGGCCAAAGCCCUUUCCAACCAUUGCUAUGAUGAUGCGACCGCCAAAUGCUGCUGGAACUUCAAUCCACUACAGGCGCCUAACUAUGUCUACGCCUGAAAUGUUGCCAUCAAUCCACAGAGUAAAUUGGUCGGACUCUGUUGUUAGGAAGGACAUCCUACAAUGGAUGCAGCGAACCUAACACAGCCAAUUUCUUCAUUUGUGACUUGUGAUAAUAGUUUUGGAGUUCGAUAGGAUAUGGUGAAAUAAUAUUUUGUGCAAUGUGGUAAAUGCUGCCCGAAAUGGUAGGUGCUGGUUGAAUCUCAACUGUACCUCGUCACUUGAAUUUUUUUUUUUUUAUCCAUUUUUCUUGUUCGAUUCUGACUGUUGUAUAGUUGUUCAGCCUUUCUUUGGGGAAUUAUCAGUUUCCCCUGUGUCUACUCUACAGAUUUUGGUUAGAAGAACUAGUAAAUAUUUGUUUCAUGGUUGCUUUAUAA